UGGUUCGAGUGGACGCCAAAGAUGAGGGAAACGUACGUUCCGGGGGUUCAGAAGCUGUCCCUGCAAGAUGUAUACAACCAGAAAGAUGUGCCGUGGCCGGAGUUCGAAACCAUUGAUAUUGACGCAGAAUUUAGGCCCUUAGGAGAUGACAUCGCAACCGAACUGGUCGACCGUCAUGGCUAUUCUAACGAAAGUGCAAAAACAUUAGAAAAAGAAGUUCUUUAUCUACUGAACCACCCCACUGCCAUCCAGAGAAAAGCAAGUCUGCAAACCGAAGGAGUAGUUCAAUUUGAAGUUGCAAGUACAGGGGCCAAGAAUGGAACAGUGCAGGUCUCUGUUUACAGGGAUCAUGCAACUUGUGUUUGUGGAAGGUAUUUAAGGCAUCUAAAUUUCGUCAGGAGUAAAUCAGGUCAAGUUCAUAAAAGAACGGCUCUUGCAGAGCACGAUGUCCAAAAAGCAACAGCGGGAAAGAAGGGUGGAAGGAACAAGUAUGGCUAUCGACCUGCAAGGGGCAAGGCACAGCCAAGCUCGAGUGCAUCUGCGCAAACAGGGCCUUUGUACUCCGAGAUACACCACAAUGAAAAUCCAUUUGAGUUGGUGUUUCUCGUGGAAAGUGUGAAGAGGUGCAAAUCGUGUCAUCUCAAUUUUUGUCAUAGAAAGAAGGUCAUUCCAUUUGAUGUAAUCUUCUCUCACAAAGAGCGAUGGAUGUAUCCCGUCAAUGGAGAUUGGUCGAAUUGCAGGCCACCUCAACAGGAAACAGUCCGAUAUUAUCAUGCCUCGAUGAAGUGCCUGCUAACAAGAUUUCCAUACUUCACUGCCGAUUACAUUAGCACUCCCAGUGACGUGAAAGAAAGUCUUCGAGACUCCCACAAAAGUUAUCUUGCAAACAAGUUUGGGCUAACCUUCGAUUAAAUUUUCCUUUUUAUCUAGGGUAGGUCCCACUGUAUAUGCAUCAAAGUUGAGCACAUCCAAGCAAACAAAGAUUGAUUGAUAGUUUGCAUGUGCAUGUUCACUAUAUUCAUAGUAAACAUUCCACGGGUAAUCUUGUACUUUUUAUACUAU